AGGAAGCCAUGGAGAUCGGGUCAAGGAGCUCGUCGUCAAGCUCAACGAGGAGGCUGAGACCUCCGGCGGCGCACUGCCGCCUGUCACCUGCGUGGUGGCCGAUAGCACCAUGAGCUUCGCUCUUGCCGCUGCGCGGGAACUCGGCCUCCGCUGCGUCACACUCUGGACCGCCAGCGCCUGCGGUUUCAUGAGCUACUGCCACUAUAAGGAUCUACUCGAUCGUGGGCUCUUCCCUCUCAAAGAAGAGGCGCAGUUGAGCAACAGAUAAUUGGACACGAUCAUAGACUGGAUACCGUCGAUGCCCAAAAACCUGCGGCUGCGUGACCUCCCUAGCUUCGUGCGCACCACGGACCCCGAUGACAUCAUGUUCAACUUCUUCGUCCACGAGACGGCCGCCAUGUCGCAGGCGUCGGGGGUGGUGAUAAACACCUGGGACGAGCUCGACGCGCCCCUGCUCGAUGCCAUGUCCAAGCUCCUGCCGCCCGUCUAUACAGUGGGGCCACUCCAUCUCACGGUCCACAACAAUGUCUCGAAGGAGAGCCCCCUCGCCGACAUCGGGUCCAACCUGUGGAAGGAGCAGGACGCACCCCUCCGGUGGCUCGACGGCCAACCGCCGAACUCCGUGUUGUAUGUAAAUUUUGGGAGCAUCACGGUGAUGUCCAAGGAGCAUUUGUUGGAGUUCGCGUGGGGGUUGGCCAACACCGGCUACGCCUUCCUGUGGAACGUGCGGCCUGACCUCGUCAAGGGCGACGACAAAGCCGCACUACCGCCAGAAUUUUUUGCAGCGACCGAGGGGCGGAGCAUGCUCUCGACAUGGUGCCCGCAGGAGAAGGUGCUGGAGCAUGAGGCCGUAGGGAUCUUCCUCACGCACUCUGGGUGGAACUCGUCGGUGGAGGGCAUAUGCGGUGGCGUUCCGAUGGUGUGUUGGCCCUUCUUUGCGGAGCAGCAGACCAACUGCCGCUACAAGUGCACAGAGUGGGGCAUCGGGGUGGAGAUUGGGGACGACGUGAGGAGGACCGAGGUGGAGGCGAUGAUACGGGAGGCCAUGGAGGGGGCGAAGGGGCGAGAGAUGCGGCGGCGUGUGCAAGAGCUCCGGCAGAGCGCCCUGGCCUCCGCACGGUGUGACGGAAGGUCCAUGCGCAAUGUUGAUAGGCUCAUCCACGAGGUGCUGCUGGCUUGAAACAAGAAAAUUAAGCUGAUAAAUAAAUGGUUUGACAGUCUGAAGCGUUUACUAGGAUGAAAUAAAUCCCUUCUCCAUUUCAAAGUUCCAGUCAUAUUUUGAGCCGUUACUAGAAUGAUGGAAAAAUAAAUAUUAAUGAUCACGAAAAAUGAGGAGCUCCUUCCACACAUGAUGAGUUAUAUAUUUGGAAUAAUAAAUUUUCAUUAGACGCCCUAUGCACCUGGAUGGAGGAAGUAGCAUUAUUCACAUCUGCAUCGCACAUCUUCUCAGAAGUUGACCCCUAUGGAUUGAUAACAUCAUAGUAGUAUGCCAUCUACUUUUGGGCCUGUAUAAGUGUGCUUUAAUUUGAGUGAGGAUUUGGCGCACCCGGGCUGUUGUGCCCCCAUUCAAUAAUGUUGGACCUGCACCCCAUGAUCGCUAGUAUUAGCUGUGCUCAUUUUAUUCGGUUAAAGAUAUUGGUUAAUGCAAAUGAUUGUACACGCUUGUAUUUCUUGUAGACCGCUGGAACCAAUACAUUA